GUUUGGUCGUGGAUUGAAAUGGCGAAGUUCAACGAGGUGCAGAAGAAGAAGAGAGCACUGAAUGCAGAGCGGAAGAGAGCGCUUUAUGGCGACCGAUCCACGCGCAAGCUCAAGACUAAGCCCCAAACUGUCUCCGUCUCCGGCAAGCGCAAGCGCAAGCUCUUGAAAAAAUGGCGCCGAGAUCAGAAAGAGGCUGUGGUGAAAGGCCUCUUGACUAUGCAAGAUGUUGAGAUGGCAGCUGCUGAUGGAGAGGAAUCCCAAGAUGCCCAUAAAGCUUCUACAAAGUUUCCCAUGAAGAAAGGCUUGAAGCUUAGACAAUUAAAGGGAAGAGGUAAGAAGAAGAACAAAGGAAAAUCAUCCAAACCGGCUGCUGAAGCUCCACCUCCACCAGAUGCCAUGGUAGAAUAGUUGAUUCUGUUACCUGAUCUACGUUGUUCAGUGGCGUGCAAGUGUCGAGACAAUUUAGCAUCUUUGUGUAAAAUUCAUCCCAAUUUGUAGUUUGAUGGUUCUUUUGCUCCUUGCUUUUCCUUGAUUGAAAUGGAGUGAAAAGAAAAGGAGCAAGGAAAAAUGGCCAUAGAAGCUGAAUAGUAGUUCCUCCGAGUCAAUGUAAUUCUCAAAUUUUGCAAUGAAGAAUAUCAUUUGUUUUUCUGUCA